CGCUUUUCUUGGCCAGUAUACCUCGGUGGGCAGAGCAAGAUGGGUGUGGACCAAGCAAAUGGAGUUGUGAACUAUUGUAGACGACCACCACAAAGACCUUUCCUUCAGAGGAUACAAUAUGCGAUCUGGGAUCCGGAAGAACGAAAAUUUCUGGGUCGAACGCCAAAACGAUGGGGAGUCAUAGGCCUCAUCUACCUCGUGAUGUACAUCUGCAUUAUAAUAUUCUUCUCUAUCUGCAUGUGUGGUCUUCUCGCAUCCGUGGACGAGCAUAUACCCUACUUCACUCUCGCUGACUCCAUUAUUGGAAACAACCCCGGUAUGGGACAUAGGCCUGUUGUGUUUGAGGAAGGGGCUCUUAUCUGGUACAGAUUGGACAAUGAAACCUCGUACAAAAAGUAUACGGACAAUUUAGAUGAAUUCUUAGCACCUUAUAAGAAUAAAUCUCUGCUAAUCAACAAAGGAGAUAACCAAGUAGAUUGUCAGCAGAAGAGGCGUCAUGCGGGUGAAGUGUGUGCCUUCGACACGUCCCUACUGGGGCCGUGUUCCAGCGAAAACGACUAUGGCUACGCUGAUGGCACGCCCUGUCUGAUUAUAAAACUUAAUAAGAUAUACGAUUGGCAGCCCCAGUUUUACGACGAUCCUGGUGACUUGCCAUCCAAUAUGCCACCGGACAUCUUGAACUAUAUAAAUACCACUAAAACACCACAAGAGCGUCGCCAAGUAUGGCUAUCGUGCAUGGGCGAGCGGCCAGCAGACACAGAAUCACUUGGACCUUUGCGGUACUGGCCAUAUCCUGGACUACCGGAGAUAUAUUUCCCCUACAACAAUACCCCCGGAUACCUCAGUCCUCUAGUCGCUGUGCAACUCUUAAAUCCUAUACGUGGUCAAAUAAUAAACAUCCGGUGCAGAGCUUGGGCGCGCAACAUUGUCUUCACUGAGAGUUUAAAGGAGAGAAUGGGCUCCACUCACCUCGAGAUUAUGGUGGACUAGGUUUUGUCAAUUUUUCUCAGGGUUCUUAUAAACUUCAUAGCGAACUAAUGUAAAUUACUGAAUAUAUAAAAUUUACUAAACAAGUCUGUACCCUUAUAAUUAUUCCGAUUUUAACAGUUAAAAAACUAUAUCGAAUUUGGGUUUUGUCGAUAGCGCCAUUUUUUAAACCGGCUAAUUUCAGAUUAUUAAGGUUUUUAAAAGUAACCUUCGUGCGUAGGUUUUUUGUACGCAUAAUUAUUUAAAUUCUUAAUAUUUAUACAUGAUCUUAAAAUAAUCUCUAUAUAUAAAUACGUUAUAUAUAUUAUAGCUUUACAAGUGAUAUACAAACCUUUUUAGCGUAGACCGCGUCUUUCGCGGCGUUCGAACCAAACAGUAAAUAAUACCUAAAUAUAUAAAAUUUAAGAGAUUAAUUAAACAACUUAAGAGAAAAUCAGGGAAAUUCUCUUUUUUUGCUGCUUAGUUGUUAUUGAUACCACAGUGUGAAGUUUAUAAGAAUUCUUGUUCUAUAGUCUACGCUAAGAAAACAUUGCUUUUUUGCUUGUCGCACAUUUCUGCGUCAAUGUACUGAACUAGUAUAUUAGAUGAAAUUGUAUUUAAAAUAAUGUUAUUUUAGAGUCUUGGAGGCGAAUGUUCUGUACAUUUUGUACAAACAUAUUUUUUUUGUGAAAAAUGUAAGCGGAACUUUGUAAAAUUCGAUAAACAAUCUGUAGCAAAAGAUUACAGUUUUUUUUGAAGUUCUGGUUUACAACUGUUUGUGUCUCCUAACAAUACAUUGUUUUACUAAGGCUCGGCUAGUAAACACUAUUUAACAACUUUUAUUUAAAUAUAUUUUUCGUAAUUACUAAAUAAUCUACUUCGUUUUACAAUUAAUUAUUGCUUAGGAAACUGAACUGGAAAAUUUUUGUCAAGCAAGUCUUCACUCCUUUGUUGCUUCAAGGCUAAGACUUCUCAAUCCAGCUGUUUUUACACAAAUAGGUACUAAAUUUUUUGUUUAACCGGAUAUCGAAUCAAAAAAUAUUCCUUAUACACACCAUGGAUGUUAAGCACAAAUGUUUACAUAUAUGAUAGAAUUCUGAUAGCAAAGAUUUCUGAUAAAAUUGUUCAAUUAAAACCUAAAAAUAAAACGAAUACUUAAAUAUCUUUUCGAAGUUUUCGAAGACCAACCAAGACGAACUAAUAAUUAUUUGUUAAUUAAAGCAGUGCCUUGAAUUUGCCUUUGGAAACGUCGGUUCCGCGAAACAUUGGAAAUGUAUGUUGAUGUUAUGUAUUUAUUGUAAAUGCACUUUAGAGAAGUUAUUAAAUCCUAUUUGAGUUA